AUGAAUAAAAACUUGAGAAUCUUCAUCAAUUUUUUGGAAGAAUACAAAGCUUACAAAUAUUUCAUUUUCUUGAUCAUUGUCUUUAUAAUAGGAGCAGCUUAUAUUGAAGUAAAAAUUAAAUUUGAUGAGAUAGAACUUCUUAAAAAUAUAGAACAUCCUUCUAAAUACACAGAAGGUGUCAGAAUUUUGAUUUUUCAGGCCUUAAAAAUAAUAUUGUAUUCUACAAUUGUAUGUCUGUUUCCUAUCAUCAGUGAUUAUUAUCUUACUAAAUGUUAUAGAAUAUGUAUUUGUUAUUACAUUAUGAAAGCAUUAAAUUUAAAUCAAGCUGCAUUUAACAGUAUAGGUCCUUCAAAUAUUAGAAGUAUUGUUGAUAGAAAAGUUUAUCAAGUAGUAUAUGGAUUCCAUACAUUGUUGUUUUCAUUUUUAUAUAACAUCUUAUUUUCUUUAUGGAUUUCGUUUUUUACUUAUAAGUAUUUUAACUCUUUUGUAUUUUUUUAUUCUAUUUUUUCUAUUUUGACUGUUAUAUUCAUUGCAAUACCAAUAGGAAAGAUACGAAGUCGAGUAAGAACAAAAUAUACAGAAAAAUAUGAUAAAGUAAUAAAAGGGAUAUAUAGAAUUAUUAAUAAUUAUGAUAUUAUAAAGGCAACUAAUAACGAAGAACAAGAAAUAGAUAUUUUUGAUGGUUGCUUGCAAUAUAUUAAACAUUAUGGAAUAAUUAACGCAACUUUAUAUGCUUUGGGGACUUUUUUGUCACGAAUUGUUGUGAUUAUACCAAAUGGCGUUUUUUUUUAUUUUAUACUGCUCGGUAGCAAAAAAAUUUCAAUUUAUACAUCAGCAGAAUUUGUUCUGUAUAAUAAGUUGUUUUGUACCUUAAAGUCAAAACUCUUAGCUAUUAAAUGUGAUUAUGUAAUGUUAUUACAAUUUUAUACUGAUAUUAUUAAUAACGAUUGGGAUGAAAUUCGUUGUGAUAUUGAAGACAUGGCUAUGUAUUUUGAGUAUCAAAAAGCAGAAAUAAAAGAAAUCGAAUUUAAAAACAUUGAACAGAGUGUAAAAAUUGGUGAUACGGAUGAUAUGCCUGUAAAUGUAAAAAAAGCGCGAGAUUAUGACGAUUUUAGUGUUAUUAAAAAAACAAUUUUAGAAACACAGGUUAAAGAUAAAAAUAUUUUUUCUGAUGGAACAGAGAAAUUUUCUUUUACUAAACAUAUAAAAUUUCAAGAAUUUGUUUUAAUUGUAGAUGAUAAAAUUUUAACGAAUCCAUCUAAUUUUGUUAUUUAUAAAGGCGAAAAAGUCGCUUUGGUGGGUAAAAAUGGGUCUGGAAAGUCAACAUUUUUAAAUGUAUUUUUGAGAUAUAGAGAUUACAAAGGUGCUGUAUUUAUAGACAAUACUGAAAUGAAAAAAAUAUAUAAAAUUGAUCAAAGAAACAAUAUUUCUUUUAUUCCUCAAAUUCCAGGAAUUUUGUGUGGUAAAAUCAUAGACAUUUUGCUUUAUAAUAAUAGAAUUAUGUCAAUUAAUGAUCUAGAAAAGUUAUGUAAAUUAUAUAACAUGCACUUUAAUGAUUUAGAAAGAGAUGUAGGAGAAAACGGAAAAACUUUAAGUGGUGGAGAAAAGCAAAAAAUUGCAUUUUUAAGGGGAGUAAUAAAAAAUGGAGACAUUUUUUUAUUGGAUGAACCAACAGCAAAUAUGGAUACACAAUCUGAAUUGAAUUUAAUAGACAAAUUGCAUAAUAUAUUAUAUGAUAAGACAGUUAUUGCUAUAAUCCAUAAUCACACCUUAUUAAAGCAAUUUGAUAAAAUUAUAGGUAUAGUAGACAAAGAUGUUAAAGUAUACAAAUCAUACGACGAGUUUAUUGAAGAAUCUUAUUUAUAUUAA